AUGGCAGCCACAGAGACCCUCUCGAAAAAGGCUAAGUGGUCCGUCGAGGAAGUGGAGCGGGUUAUCCUUGAGGUGGUUGAAGACCAGCUGCAGGAUGUUGAGUACGACGAAGGGGUUGUCUCCCAAUGGGUCAACAACAUCUGCGAGGAAUGUUCGCGGCGGCUUGUGGACUUGAAGAUGCCGUUCAAGUAUAUUGUGCAAACGGCGGUUCUACAACGAACGGGCGCGGGCAUUCAUGCAGGCUCCUCCUGUUUCUGGGAACCUGCCGACGACGGCACGAUCGUCUGCCUCUGGCCGCGUGAGAGGCUGCAGAGUCAAGAGAAGAAAGGCGGCGUCCAGGCCUGUGUGGUUGUCUACGUUAUCAGUCUCUAA